GGCUUUUGAACUGAACAGACGCUUAGGAACGCUGCAUUAAUAUGAGAGUGACAACUUUUAUGAAUCUAGUGGCGGCUUUAAUUCUUAUCAGCUCCAACUAUAUUACUAUUGUUCGGGCGGAGUCUGACUGUGGCUACCUGGAAGAGCGUCUACUGUACAACACUAAAACCGAAGCCGAGCCCACGGAAUAUGUGUGGAUGGGCCUGCUGUUGGACUUAAGAGGAGCCAAACAAGAGCUGAGUCCAAGUGCAAGACGAAUAAAUUGCAACGUCAUUAUAGUAAGUGGCCAGCACGUCCUGGUGCCCAACUCGUGUUUGAAGCGCUUUAAUAACCAGCCAGCAUCAAUCGGAGUGCUACUGGGUAUAUGGAACCAAAAGCAUAACAGUUCCGAGGAGUUCAUUUGUAAUGAUAAAGGUUUUUGUGUGUUCGCGCCUGUGCCAUAUCAAGUAACAGAGAUUAAGGUAAAUCCCCUAGCGGAUAAAGAUACAGGAGAUAACGACGUGGCCCUUCUUAAACUGGCUGAACCCAUAAAGAUGACGAUCUAUGCAAAGCCCAUUUGUCUACUUGCUAGAAAUGAGCUACCCUCACUGACCGAUCGGAAUUUUCAAUAUGGUGGCUUUGAAGGCUUGGGCUCGCUCAAGGGCAAGGGUGAUGGCCUGGUCGUAUCGAGAAAUCUGUGCAAUGGCGUACCCGCGGCUCCACCCGAAAAUCAAUUCUGUGCUUUUCCCGAGAAACGAACACCCUUCUAUUUGGGCACUGCACUCAUGGGUCUUAAUAUUGAGAAUGAUGUGCCCCGGAGUUUCUAUCUGAUAGGCAUGUUGAUGCGCAUUACCACGUACAAGACGGGGCUGACAACGUUUGUGUUUCAAGAUAUGCGCAAAUCGCGCAAUUGGAUACUGGAGAAUAUAUCUACGCUCGAAUAAAUAAAUCCUCUAUACACACCUAUCAACCUUGUACACACUAUUUUCAGUUAAAUAAAUAUGUUUAUGAGUAUCUCAUAUUUUUA